AUGCUGGGACAGCUGAAGGCUCGGGAGUGGCGAUUGCGUCAAAACCCUUGUUCUACGACAACCCAGUCUCUACCUGCAAGGCCAUCCCAAACGCCCGAGGAUCGCACACCGCGCAAGGCAAUCAAGCUUCCCACACUCCAGCUGCAGACAUUUGACGGACAGCUCUGCCACUGGCCUUCCUUUUGGGAGCAGUUUAAGACCUCUGUGGAGGAAAACGAAAACCUGACAAAAGGAGAAAAGUUUCAAUAUCUAAAGACUCUACUGAAAGGGGACGCAGCCGCCGCAAUUUCUGGUCUGCAAGCGACGGCCGAGUGCUUCGACGAUGCCAUCGAGAUUCUGAAGAGUCGUUUCGGAGAUAACCUGCGUAUCAUACAGGACCAUCUACGCCGACUGCGCGCUCUACCAGCAGUUGAUUCUUCGGAAGACGUCUACAACCUUCGAAAGCUGUUGGAUUAUGUGCAGUGUCACAUCAGAGGUCUGAAAGGAUUAACGUCAGUCCUUCCAGUUAUGCAACUAUGA